GAUCUGGCGUGCGAGAGGGGUCGCGGAGUCUGGGCGGGGGGGUGCCCGCCUGUGCAGCCAUGGCAACCACCGCCGCGGGGCAGGAAAUGGCAUCGGAUGCCCCUUCGUUGGGAGCAGCUUCUGGAACGUCAGGACCAGGCACACAUCCGGGCGGGAGCCUCGCCCAGAGAACCAACAAGCGGAGGACGGGGCUCGAUUUUGAUGACGAUGGCGAAGGGAACAGCAAGUUUCUCAGAUGUGAUGAUGACCAGCUCUCCACGGACAAAGAGCGAUUUGCCAGGUCUGAUGACGAGCAGAGCUCGGCGGAUAAGGAAAGAUUGGCCAGGGAGAACCACAGCGAGAUCGAGCGUCGGCGCCGGAACAAGAUGACCGCCUACAUCACGGAGCUCUCCGACAUGGUGCCCACCUGCAGCGCCCUGGCCCGCAAGCCGGACAAGCUCACCAUUCUGCGCAUGGCCGUCUCCCACAUGAAGUCUCUCCGGGGCACCGGGAACACCUCCACAGACGGCGCCUACAAACCUUCGUUCCUCACCGACCAGGAGCUCAAACACUUGAUCCUGGAGGCCGCAGACGGGUUCCUCUUCAUCGUCUCCUGUGAGACGGGCCGGGUGGUCUACAUCUCCGACUCGGUGACGCCCGUCCUGAACCAGCCCCAGUCGGAGUGGUUCGGAAGUACCCUCUACGAUCAGGUGCACCCGGACGACGUGGAGAAGCUGCGGGAACAGCUGUCCACCUCGGAGAAUGCGCUGACCGGCCGGAUCCUCGAUCUGAAGACGGGGACGGUCAAGAAGGAGGGCCAGCAGUCCAUGAGGAUGUGCAUGGGGUCCCGCAGGUCCUUCAUCUGCCGGAUGAGAUGCGGGAAUGCGGCAGUUGAUGCCAUCUCCAUGAACCGCCUCAGCUUCAUGAGGAAUAGGUGCAGGAACGGGCUGGGCACUGUCAAAGAGGGCGAACCCCAUUUCGUGGUUGUCCACUGCACGGGCUACAUCAAAGCUUGGCCACCAGCAGGAAUUUCGCUGCCUGAGGACGACCCAGAUGCCGGACAGGGAAGCAAAUUUUGCCUGGUUGCCAUCGGCCGGUUGCAGGUCACGAGCUCACCCAGCUGCACGGACAUGAACACGGUGUGUCAGCCCACCGAGUUCAUCUCCCGACACAACACGGACGGGCUCUUCACCUUCGUGGACCACCGCUGCAUGGCCACGGUUGGCUACAAGCCCCAGGAGCUCUUGGGGAAGGACAUUGUUGACUUCUGCCACCCUGAGGACCAGCAGCUUCUGAGGGACAGUUUCCAGCAGGUGGUGAAACUGAAAGGCCAGGUGCUCUCCAUCAUGUUCCGUUUCCGGUCCAAGAACCGGGAAUGGCUCUGGAUGCGGACUAGCUCCUUCACCUUCCAGAAUCCCUACUCGGACGAGAUCGAGUACAUCAUCUGCACCACCACCAGCGUGAAGAACGCCAGCCAGGAGGCCCGCCCGGCCGGGUCAAACCCGAUGCAGAGGCCCCAGCUGGGCCCCAGCGUCAGCCUGCCUUUGGAGAUGGGCCCGGGGCACCUGGCGGCCAGGCCGCAGCCGGCACAGCCAGCAGAGCUUGACGUGGUCCCCGGAAGAGAAAGUUUAGCCGGCUACGACCACCCGCAGGCCACCCUUCAGGCUGUGAGCGCCCCUGGUCCAGAGCACAGCAAGCCUCUGGAGAAGACUGAGGCCCUCUUUGGUCAGGAGCGGGACCCUCGCUUCAGUGAAAUCUACAGCAGCAUCAGCCCAGACCAGGCCAAGCCCAUUUCGGCCAGCUCGGUGCCCACCAGCCAGUCCCUCUUCUCCCCGGGGAAUAGCUUUGCAGCUUCACGCCCUGCCGAGGGCUUCCGGAGCAGCACCCUGGCGCCCCCUGUGAACAUCCUCCCACCUGGCCAGGCACACGCGACCACAGCUGGACCCAUCCUGGCUCACCUCUCCCGCCACGCCAGCCCCAGUCAGGUCUCUGGAACCGCCUGGGCUUCGGGAUCACGCCCGCCUUUCACCACCCAACCGGCAGCUUCCCAGCCUGUGAAGACUCGGCCGCCCUCUUUUGCCAUGGGGGGCUUCCAGGCCACGCCGUCCUCCUUCAGCCCCAUGCCAAAUCCUGGUUCCGCUGCCUCGCCGGCCGGGGCUCCCUACCCAAACCUCGCCGGCCGGAAUGCCCCUUUCGCGGCGGGGGAGAGCGGGCAGAGUCCGGCCCCGUUCCAGGCGCGGACGGCAGAAGGCGUCGGCGUUUGGCCACAGUGGCAGAGCUCCGGCGAGUCCCACGUCCAGCAGCCGUCUAGCCAGCCGGAGGUCUUCCCGGAUAUGUUGUCUAUGCUGGGGGAGCAGGGCGCCAGCUACAGCAACGAGGAGUUCCCUGAACUGAACAUGUUUCCUCCCUUUUCGGAGUAAGAGAGGGACGCAGCCUGCCGUGAGGGGCAGUUUUUGGUGCGGCGGCGUGGGGAGCGCCACGGGCUCUCUUCUUCACCUUCCGCCCCCUUUCAAAGUGCGCCCAAGUCUUCCCGUCGGGGGGAACAGAAGCGUCGGGGUGUCGCAGGAGGGGCCGUCUCGGACUCAGCUUCCUCGCCCGGCCUCUGGGGACGCCCCGGGAUAAGACACUUCCUCCUCGUCAGCCCUGCAACGGAACUCGGAACCUCAGAGAGGGAUUCAGGCAACUGGAGGGAGGAGCGGAUGGGAUUUUUCCCCUCCUGCAUCCAAGGAAAGGCUCGGCAGGUUUUUUGUUUCGUUUCGUCUUUUUGUUUCGUUUUUAAUUCUGUGACAUAAUCUUUUAUACCUACAUUGUAUUCUCGUUUAUACACGUUGGGGAGCCAAAUUUUGUCGAGAUGCUGCUGCUCCUGAUGUGAUUUUUGUGACUUGUGAACUCGGGGGGUAUCUAAGGACGCCUUGCCCCGUAUUUCUUCCCUUGCACGCUCGCACACGCGUGUCUCCUGCCCCUCUCACAAGCAGUAUUAAUGAAAGGUGGAGGGCUCGCGUGCCGCCGCCGCCUCCCCCUCCGGCCCCUUCGUUGGCUCGCUUGCCUUUCCGCGCCUCCGUCUUGCCACUCCUGUGUGCUGCGCUUGGAGAAUGUGCGGGCGCAGUCUCCUUCGUGGAAGCCCGGCUUUUGGGGAUGGAGCGAUUGGCAACCCCGGGCGACAGCGAGGAGCCCAGGAGGAGCACGGGCCCUGUUUUGCUGGUGGGGAAAAUGAGGUUUAGAGCCCCGACUUUGCAAGCAGCUUUUCCACUCUCCGAAGGAACGAAGAGAACUCUGGUCCAACUGCGGAGGCUGCCAAGGGAAGCGGGUCGGAAUGGCCUGCCCUUUUCAGCGCCAGUCGCAUCCAGACCCCGCUGGCCACCCUCCGACCCGCACGGUUAACGUGGGCUGGGCUUCUUUCCAGUGACCCCCUCCCCGUCUGCGCUAAGGCCUUUUCUUUAUGCGCUUUACGAUGGGGACACUUAAAAGCCAUAAAAAUUGCACAAAGAG